UCUAGUUUCUCAGUCACGUGGAGAACUUCCGCGGCUUCGGUUCUUCUUGUUCUCUAUUUUUCGUUUCACAUUCUUCAAGUUCGAGUUUUUCCGUGUUACGUUUAAUGACAUCGAGUGAUAUUCGUUUAAUUGGAGAGAAGAAAGAAGCUGUGAUAUCAAACAACAGGCGGAUUCAGACGAAAAAGAGCGUAGAAUUUUUUUGCUUAUCAGUGUGGAGGGGAGAAAUCGAUUUAAAAAACAACAUGUCACAUUUUCACUGGACAAACAUCAGGAUGUUAAUCAAAAUGGGCACGUAACAAAAAUCGAACUGGAGCUGGAGGAAGCUCCAGACGACAUGAUCCUCGUUGGAUCGAUGCCAUCCGAAUUGAACGUCACCGGUAAAAUUAAUUCGACCUAUCCGGAUGGUGCAGUUAUAGUCAGAGCAGAAGAGGCUUUGAUAGUUAUUUUGGUUCUUCUUCUUUGGGCUGCAGCAAUUGCAUUAUUCUUCAAUCGAUGGGGAAAAAUCAGAAUGUUAGAGCCAUAUCAACCGAAAUUUCAACAACAACAUAGAUCAAGUUGUACCACAAUUGAACAAAAUCAACUUCAGAAUCGGCGCACAUUCUCGAAAUGCAAUAUACUCUGCAGCGAUUAUCCAACGGGGCAUGAAUUGAAUUAUGCUUCGGGUCAAACGCGGCCGAGGCAGAACAGCGUGUUCAUUGGUUCCAGUACAUCUUUGCUCCCAGGUGGUCAAGGUACACCGCGACGCACGAAAAGCGCGUUCGAUCUCCAAUUCUUGGUGUUUUCCGAGAAUAAUACUGUGCCGGAUUCCUCCAUUGAGUCGGAUACGCAAAGAAACUUUAAACAGAUCAGUGAAUCCACGAAAUUGUUGCAACGCGAGCGAAAGGCCAGCAUCUGCCAAACAUCGGACAGAGCCUCAGAUGCUAAGCCCUUGUUCCAGAGGGACAGAGGGAUGAGUAUCUGUCAGCUCGAUAGUUCCCCGAAAUCGUGGCAACGAGAUCGUGGGAUGAGCAUCUGCCAAUUUGACAGGAUGGAUGUUCUUGCCAGACCGCUUCAAAGAGAUCGCGGAGGAAGUAUCUGCCAUUUUGACAGAAUGGAUGUGUUGGCCAGACCGUUGCAGAGAGAUCGCAUAGGUAGCGCUUAUCACUUCGACAGAACAGACGUACUGGCCAGACCUAAUUUUUCCCUUGGCAAGUCGUUGCUGAGAGAAAGACGCGUCAGCAUGUGUAACUUUCUGGAAAAGGACGAGGAAACCGUGAGAGCUAUUCAGAUGGAACGGCGUUUGAGCAGCAGUAACAUUGAGAAAAUCGUAAAGGAAGAUGCAUCGAUCGAGGAAGGAAGGAACGAGCAGAAGGGAAGACAGGAGACAUUCGCUAAAUGCAUGUCCAAAGAAAAAAAAGAUACCUCUUAUCAAUUGGAUCAACCAUGUUGCAGCAAAACGGCCGACGCUAUAUUUGGAUACAAGGCUACUUGUGUGUAGCAACGUAAAAUUAUAAUAUGAAUUUUAUUAUGGAAGAAUAAUUUAUAUAACUAUAAUUUUCAAGAAAAAAAUAUUUUUGAGUUAUAUCGCAAGAACGACAUUUUUGACAAUGAUUUAAUACGUAUGUAACAAAUCAAUUAUAUCUUCUGUGAAUAUAAAUUUCAUCUCAUGUAGUUUAAAAACAAUGGGCAUUUUUAUAAAUAUUUUCGGUCAACAUAAACAAAAAUGAGUGAUCUUCUAUAAUGUUGCUAAUAAUAUCUUCAUUGAAAUGAUAAAAUCAUAU